ACUGCGUUUCCACCCGGAGGCGGCACAAUAGCAUAGUUGGCCGUUGGAUUCCCAACGCUGAAUUAAAACGGCGGGUUUCUGCACCGUUUAAUUUGCAUGGCUAUUUCGAGUAGGGGGUUCAGUUUGCGCAGAGGAUCAUGACAUCUAGCAAGCAAACGUCAACGGGGCUAUCAAAUAAAUGACGUGAACCUUUGUGUGCAAAAUUUACGAUUUAUAUCAGGAGUUCAAUUGCGAAUGCCCUGACUAAACAUAAUACUGUUUGCUGAUAAAUAAUCCGGCUUGAGACGGAGGCCCUGCGGAGAAAGGGUUGUCCAGUUAGCAAGCAAAGAACAUUGGUGCUCGAGAGUGCUAGGAAGUCGGACGAAGGGUCGUAAAAAGGUAGACAUUUCGGCUCACAAGAAUAACACUGAAAAAGACACGAGGGAAAGGGAAUAACAGACAGGCUGGCGCAUCGGAAGAGUAACGAGGACACGAAGGGUAUACCACGCACGGAGUAGAACCUGUUCUCUCGAAAUUCCUCCUCUCGUGUGCUUUCACUCUGCUGACAGAUCGUCUGACUGAUUUAGUAACGGGUCCCUCUGAGGGAGAUUCAGAUAUAUAUCUAGUCCGAGGAGGUGCUGUUUGGGAAAGGAAGAGACUGGGGUAAACUGCGACGAACGGGUCUCUAGAGGUGAAAGGUCGAAGUCACAAGGAGGCGGGUAGAAGGCAAAGUUAUUAGGGAGAUCUGUUGCUGAUAAUUUUUGACACGUCUGUGUCUCGGGGUUUGACGGUGAAAAGAGAGAGGGAGUUUAUAGGCUGUAGGGUUUAACACGCGAACGCCAAGUAUGUGACUGUUUGCGGCAGACGAUAUCCUUUCAUUUGGACGAGAGCAGACGAUCGCGACAAGUGUGGAAAAAUAGCAGACGACAGGCCGUGGAAACUGGAGUAAAAUUGUGUGCGAAGCGAUGAAUUCUUGGGAUUUAUUCUGCUCGUUCGGUGGAAACUUUACGAGUGCCAUUUACAGCCUGGAGAAUUGAGGAAGAAAUCCAAUAUCAAAAUAGAGUGCCAUCGAGCUGACGGCCUUUUGCAAUUUUUUUCCAAGAUACAUACAUUUCACCGCAAUGGAAUUCCGAAUAUCGAUGUUGUACAGUAUCCUCUCCGUACUUCUCUACGGAGGCUUUGCAGGCAAUGCCAAAGCGCGAGAAAGAAGGGACAGAGACGUAACAUGUCCCUCCAGCAGUUCCCAGGUACGAGAAGAGAUAAAGAGCUGCACACAGAAUUACAAUCAGCACCUGGGGCAACUGACAGCAGGACCAAGGUUUCUGUAUUCUGGGGUCGACGUUGAAGCCAUCAGAACAUUCUGCCAGGGAUACGAUCAAGGAACCCGGUGUCUCGAAUUUAUGAUCAAAAUGUGCCCAGAGACGAAGUCACAAGUCCAAACUUAUUUAUAUAAUAUGACCAAUUUUCAAGAACUCUGCACCCAUCCUAAACUAUACGAAGUGUAUGCCAUGCAUCAGAAUUGUUACAUCGCACAAAAAAAAUAUUCCGAAAAUUGCUAUCGUACGUAUUACACAGUUUCUGAUGACGUCACGUAUAAUGCUAAAAUUGGACAACAAGCCGCUGUUCAGAUUGUUUGUAUACGUUUGGACGACUUCCUAAACUGUGUAAAAGAUAAUAUAUUUGCUAAAUGUGGUCCAGAAGCCUCCACUAUAACUGAUGUAUUAGUGAACACAGCGCUAGACCUCAGUCAAACUUGCUCAAGUAAAGCACUCGCUGGGACGACAAAGAGCUCAGCUUCCGGAGCAACGUCGUCUCCCGGAGAAGGCACCAAUAGACAGGAGAGCGCCAGAAGUACGGCCCACGUGCAAGACGCACCCACGCUUACUCUUCUUUUCGUAAAUGUUUGUUUACAACUUGGACUUGCAUUUUUCCUCACCUGGAGGACAUCGUGAAUAAAUUACUCAACUCCAAGUAAGGCACCUUUUUCCAAGACGCCGUGGUGAAAAAUAGUCUAAAUCUGUGAUGUUUGGUCUACAUGGCUCCUGUCUCUGCCUCUGGCCCUUUCUGUCACUGGACUUGUAUCGAAUGUAAAAAAAAUACUGACAUGAGACUUAAAAAGGAAGCAAAGACAUAAUCACAGAGAGAGAUGAUCAGAGAGAGAGAUCGAUGGCUUCGUUAAGACUUAAUUCCUCUCAAUGGUGUUUUGGUGGUGUCUUUUACUGUUACUGUGAUCAAUCAUACUGACUGCCAUUUUCUUCAGAAACAUGUUUACUUCCAAGUGGAUUGUCUCUCAGCCAAGAACACCCCAUGAUGUCCGAAGCCUCAAUUGAAAUACCAUCUCUUUGGAUAUGUAAAAAUAUAGUGUAUAUAAACAUAUUUAGCCUAAUGCUGAGUUUAAAAUCAAACGUAAGAUAUUCAUAGACUUGGGUUGGCAUACAUAUAAAGAGAGAGAGAAGGCGGCAGACGACAGACUCUUCUGAGGUGUUUUUGCGACAAAGUCAUGGAGGGGAGUGAGAUUCGAGGAAGCCAUGAUGGCUUCGAGCCCUUUGCAGGAGGAGACAGUUUGGCAGCAUAUUCUUUGUAAAACUUUUUGCAAAGUUAUGUAAAUUUGCAUUUUUGUCGACUAAUGGAAUAAUUUAAGUUAAUCGUUGCCUAUGAAAGUUACUAGAGGUAUAAGUAUCAAGUUCAAGACGCUCAAACCUAUGCAAGCGUAAGCUUCAGAGCUAAUUGUUUGCGCAUGCGUGUCCCACGGCAUGACGCCUUUGAGAAGAACAGUAAUGGUAGGCCCAUCCUACGUGCCAAUCCGUGAACAUGGCUGUAAUGUUCACAUCGCUUUAUGCUUGAAACUGGAUGUAAUGGUUCGUGUUAUUUCUGGUUGUGAAAGUUUAUGGAGUUCAUUCUGGUCACAUGACUUCAGGAUGAGCGCGUUUUAGUGAGGCACAAGCGACAUGCAAUGCGCACGCACAGUGUGCCCAGACAUAGGGUGGGUUUGUGGCACCGAGAAUCCGAAUAUUGGGAAUGGUUGCUCUUUUGAUAUUUGUUUUAAUAUUUUCUUAUAGUAGAGAAAGCAACAGUCGCCAUCCAAGGGUGCUUUCCCAGAGAUUUAGAUCGAUCUAACUCCCUGGGGGUU